CCGCAAGGUCUGCCGGGCGCGGUGGGGGAGGGGGGGGGCGGCCGGUCAGAUGGUAGUGCCGCCCCCUCCGGUCGGCGGGGGAACUGCAGGGCCUCGCGCGCCUCGCCGCAGCGAUACCUGAAGGUCCCGCGGUUGGACCGAACGCCGAAGAGGGAAGGAGGUGAGAAAACCCGUCGGGCCCUUCCCCGUUAAUUCCGCCGCCCGGGUUCCCGCUGGGAAUACUUUCUUCCGGCCCCUCCGGGGCGGGGAGGGGAUAUGGCAUUUGCCAGAACUGAAGCAGAAAGCGAUGACGAGGACCGUUUCGAGGAUGCCUUUGAGAGCAUCCCGGUAGCCGCCACGAUGGAUCUCAGCGGCGCCCUGGAAGAGAGCACGGUCGCGCUGUGCUUGUUCCUCAAUAACCGAUUCUCAGAGGCUCAGGAUUUUCUCCGGCCGUGGUACAAGCGGAGCAUGUAUCACGCCACCGCGUACGGCGCCAUCCUCGUGCUGCGGGCCCUCCUGACCUUCGAGAACAAAGACAUCCAGCAGGGCCUGGAGAUCCUGAAGGAGGUCACCAAGACCUGCCAGAACUUCAGGAAGAGACCUUCGCUGCUCCAGUCCCUGUCCCACCUCAUCUUCAAGCCCGGCGUGGAGUCCAUGACCGAAGCGGAGCUGCACGCCGAAAUCUGUUACGCCGAGUGCCUGCUCCUGAAAGCGGGCCUGACUUUCAUAGAGGACGAAACCAUGCUCAGUUGCAUCAGAGGGGGGAUCAGCUUCGGGACGAGUUACCACAUCUACAGGGACUGCCAGCAGGCCGUGCCGCAAAUCCAGAGUUCCCAGCCGGCCAAGGCCUUCAGGCAUUUUGAGGAAGGGGUGAGGUUCGGCCUGGGCAUAUUCAACCUGCUGCUGUCCCUUCUGCCCGAGAGGGCCCUCCGCCUGCUGAACUUCGUCGGCUACACCGGGGACCGGGAUUUAGGCCUCUCUCUGCUCCACGAGGGAGCGGCCGGUAUCAGCGUCAGAGCCGUAAUGUGCACCUUGACCUUACUGAUCUACCACAACUACCUCGCCCUGGUUUUCGGGAUCGAGGCCGACGACUUCGACAGCUUGGAGGACCUCCUCGCGCCCUACCUCGCCAAGUUCCCCAAAUGCGCCAUCCUCAGGUUUUACGCCGCCAGGAUCGACGUGAUGAAAGGGCUUUUCGGGACCGCCCAGGCGAAGCUGCGGGAAUGCGUCCUGCUGCAAGACGAGUGGCGAGAGAUCCACCACCUCUGUUACUGGGAGCUGAUGUGGACCUACAUUUUCGAGCAGGACUGGCGUUACGCUUACCACUACGCGAACCUGCUCCAUCAGCACAACAGGUGGUCCAAGACGACCUACUCCUUCCUGAAGGCUUCCGUCCUGUGCAUGCUCCCCGGCGACUUCGCCAAAGAGGCGGGCGAGGACGUCCGAUCUCUGUUUAUGCAGGUGAAGUUCCAGAAGCUGAAGAUCGGGGGGAGGACGCCCCCGACCGAGAAGUUCGCCGACCUCAAGUGCAAACGCUACUCCGGUACCGGCUCCUGGCACGCCGCCCAGCCGAUCCUGGAGAUGAUGUACAUCUGGAGUGGCUUCCGGAUGAUAGCCAAGAGGCUCGACUUGGUCGCCCGCUGGAUGGUCAUCAUCGAAAGAGAGGAGGAGGCUCUGCGCGAGUGCCAGAACCCAGAGUACUUCACGGACGACCAGUGUCUGGUGAAGCUCCUGAAGGGCUGCUGUCUCAAGUAUCUGGACCGACUCUGGAAAGCCGAGCAGUGCUUCGGCGAAGUCAUUCGGAACGAGAAGCUCUUAAAGUUCGAUCGCUACCUGGUGCCCUACGCCUACUAUGAACUGGGACUGCUGUUCCACCAGAAAGGCGACGGUGAGAAAGCGCUCGCUUACAUCGAGCGCACGAAGGCCUACAAAGACUAUUCCAUGGAGUCGAGGUUGCAGUUUAGGGUUCACGCGGCCCUUCAGCAUAUAAGCGGGACUCUGGCCAAGGAUGCCAGUUCAGACCUCUGAGCCACUUUCCUUAGCGCGGGCGUGACGUCCGCAAUAAAUCAGGUGUCGUUGGCGAGUGGAAAAAAAAAAACCUACUUUGGGUGGACAGGAAUCAAGCGCGAGAGAUGUUGGGGGGAUCCCAAACGGUUACAACUGAAGGCGUCCGGCCUUUCCCCCUUUGAUCGGUCCCUUUCCUCGUUUCGACGGCUGCCUCGGCCUCCCUGCCUCCUGUCUCUCCCCACUCCGGUCCCUGCUUCAUUCCGCGGCCCCGAUCGUUUUUCCACACGCGAGUUCUUCCCGCGUGUCCCCACUCCUCAAGAACCCCCGGCGGUUUCCCGUCCACCUCCGCAUCAGACAGAAACGCCUCACUUAAAGCAUUCAUUCGCGUCACCCUCCUAUCUGACCUGGCCGAUUCCCUCCUGUGACAAAAAACCCACCCGCUUCGUUCCUCCGUCAAUUAAUCGAUCGUAUUUACUGAGCAUUAAGCGCCCGGGAGAGGACGGCGCCACCG